CCAACAGCUGCAGCCGUCUUCUCGUUGGCCGCAAACUUUCACAAAGCGGUGUGUCCCGACUCAUCAAUCUCCAUUAAUAAUAGUUGGUUGGGCCGCGGGGGGCGGGCGGGUCGGGCCGCUGGGAACAGGCGCUGCUGAGGGAGCGGGCGGGCUCCGCGGCGGGCGGAGGGAGGAAGCGAAGCGUAAUUUGAAGAAGAUGGAUGAGUCCGGAGGGCGACACCCCCAGCCCGCCCGCUCGCCCGCCCCCUCCCUCCUUAUGAGAGAGAGGGAACGCGGCACGGGAGCCACACUGCGCUGAGCCCGAGCCUCGCGCCACCUCGGCCCGGGAGCCUGGAGCCAGCUCUGCGUGUCCGCUCGGGCGCCCGAGCCGCGGGGCGCACGGCGGUGCCCGGAGGGGAGUCCCCGGGGCGGCCACAGCCCCGGCGCCAUGCAGAGAGCUGGAGGCGGAGGCGCCCCCGGGGGCAGUGGCGGGGGCCCGGGCACUGCCUUCUCCAUCGACUCCCUGAUCGGGCCACCGCCGCCACGCUCUGGCCACUUGCUCUACACCGGCUACCCCAUGUUCAUGCCCUACCGGCCCCUCGUGCUGCCGCAGGCGCUGGCCCCUGCGCCGCUCCCAACCGGCCUCCCACCUCUCGCCCCGCUGGCCUCCUUUGCCGGCCGCCUUACCAACACCUUCUGCGCCGGGCUGGGGCAGGCUGUGCCCUCGAUGGUGGCGCUGACCACCGCGCUGCCCAGCUUUGCAGAGCCGCCGGACGCCUUCUACGGUCCCCCAGAUCUCGCUGCUGCUGCUGCCGCUGCCGCUGCCGCCGCCGCCGCCGCCCGAAACAACCCUGAGACCGGCGGCCGACGCCCAGAGGGUGGGCUGGAAGCCGAGGAACUGCUGCCGGCUCGGGAGAAAGUGGCAGAGCCCCCACCGCCCCUGCCUCCGCACUUCUCAGAGACUUUCCCAAGUCUGCCGGCAGAGGGGAAGGUGUACAGCUCAGAUGAGGAGAAGCUGGAGGCACCAGCAAGAGACCCAGCAGGCAGCGAACAGGAGGAAGAGGGCUCAGGCGGAGACAGUGAAGACGACGGCUUCCUGGACAGUUCUGCAGGGGGCCCGGGGGUUCUCCUGGCACCUAAACCGAAGCUAAAGGGAAGCCUGGGGACUGGAGCUGAGGAGGCAGCCCCAGUGGCAUCAGGAGUCACAGCUCCUGGGGGCAAAAGCCGGAGGCGCCGCACAGCAUUUACCAGUGAGCAGCUUUUGGAAUUGGAGAAGGAGUUUCAUUGCAAGAAAUACCUGAGCUUGACAGAGCGAUCCCAGAUCGCCCAUGCCCUCAAGCUCAGCGAGGUGCAGGUCAAGAUCUGGUUUCAGAAUCGGAGAGCCAAGUGGAAGCGCAUCAAAGCUGGCAAUGUCAGCAGCCGUUCUGGAGAGCCCAUAAGAAACCCCAAGAUUGUGGUGCCCAUACCUGUGCACGUUAACAGGUUUGCCGUGCGGAGCCAGCACCAACAAAUGGAACAGGGGGCCCGGCCCUGAAUGGGGCUCGUGAGGACUUCAGAGGCAAAGGAUUCGUUUUCUGGGCUUGCUGAGACUGGGUUAGGGCUCUGUGGACCAGGAGGCUACCACUGAUUCUGCCCUAACAGGGGGCUCAGUUGGCAGAGCACUUAGCACUAGGUAUGCUCUCCUGGCAAUCUGAGAUAUGGGACCUGGUCCCGAAGCCUAUUCCAGAGACCUUCGGGACUGGGGCUUCAGGAUUAAAGGCCUUAGGUUAUUGCCCAGGAGCUUUGGGGACUGAGGUGGACUCCUGAGGAGGUGGUGGCUCUACAAUGCCUAAGGCCUAAGAGGUUCCUGGAAUCACUGACAGGGGUGGGGAAGGAUCCAGGGUAAUGGCCAGCCACACUGAUCACAACUCCUUAUUUAUUUUGUGUAAAUUUUGUAUAUGUGGAUCUAUCUGCCUGUCUGUCUGCACCGAGAGGGCUUGGGAAAGUUAUGUUUCCUCUAUCCUCAACCAGAAUUUAGCUCCAUCUUCCUGCCUCGGAGUGGCUACCAUCUUGCCUAUCUAUAAUACAAGGACAUGUAGAGAAACUACAUGGAACCGUCACUAACCUCCUUAGAAAUUCAACACAUACCAUCUCUUCUCAUGUAAACUACCGCCACAUCUGUUCCUCCCCAGCCUGGGGGCUGCCCACUGUGCACCGUUAGACCUCCUGUUCCUAACAUGGUCCUUUACCCAUUAAACAGGCAAGCUUAUCAUCUCCGCCUCCUUCUUUGGAAGAGUUGGCAGACUUCAGAAUAGAGGACUCAUUCACAUUUG